AUGCUAGAAGAACAAACGCCCGCUCAAGCAGCAAUUUUCUGGCUUCCAGUCGAGCUUCUCCACGAGAUCUUAGAACUGGCUGCGUUGCAUCCCCUUCCUCACCGUCGCUUCUGGGGCCGUCUCAAUAAGGCCACGAUCAAAACGCUUACCCUCGUGUGUCGCCUGUUCAGAACAAUAGCCCAGCCACUGAUGGUGCACAACAUUGGCGCAUCCCACCGGAAUAUAGCAGAAUUGCUGAUCUUGGGGAAAUCCAAUCCGUCUCUUCUCCGGAACCAUUGCAGGGACCUUUCCAUGACUCUUUCAGAAGACAUGAAGGACAAGGAAUACAUAGCCCAACUAAAGGAACUCGUCUCACAACUACACGCAGUCCGUAGCCUUUGCCUCUGGGGCUUAGGUCAGGAGCCACCAGUGGGUUGGACUGUGAUUCCAACGGCUCUGCACAAUAUGCCCCGGCUAGAGUACAUUUCCAACGUUACUUCACUUCGCACUCUAGACCUACAAAACAUUGAGCGUCCACAGGCCCAGGGUCCCGACGAAAACUCUUUUCUGGACACGAUGAGCUUACAAUCCGCGCCAAUUAUCUCGCCAAGACUUUCCGUUUACGAAGAGACGUCUGAGGCCUUGGAAAGACUUAUCAAAUGGCCGAAGUCACUAAUCAAGUUUGGUUUGAAGGAGGUGGACAUUCAUGACCUCAGCGUGGACCUUCCAACGUUGACCUCCUGGCUCCAUAUGCACAAAGAUAGCUUGGAGGAAAUGGAAACCGGACCCCUUUCCUUCUCCGGCACGCGACUCUUAUUCGAUGCGACCGCCUUCGUGCACCUGAAACGAUUGACGCUGUCGUGGUGGCAAGUCUGCGGAUACAAGGAACAGAGGCACGAAGACCUGCGGUUCAGACAAGAAGUAGCAGAUCUCCUACUUGCCCCGUCCCUAAUAACUAUAGUGUUUGACUUUCAAGUCGAGCGUGAAGGACUUCCCGACUGGCCUGAUUUUCAAGAACCAGAAGAACGUUGGCUGCGCCAACUCGCUCGGGCAGCGAUAUCCAAGAAGGCUGCGCUGCGGACGAUUGGAAUCAUAUUUUAUCCUAGUCUCGACGGAGAUCUGAGAAAGGAGUACGGGUAUCCCUGGGAUUGCAUGUAUCGACUCGACAACUUGAUCAGCAAACGCGGGAUGUCUAUUGGGCAUACGGAGCCUCCGGUGCCAGAGUCGGUUUGGUUAAAUCUGGUCCAUGUUCACAAUGUUAGUUCUCCAGAUGAUGACUCCGAAUACGAUUCUGCGGGUUAUGAUUUCACGGACUAUGAUUCAGUCAUUUAUGACUCGCAGGGAAACGAAGUCGACUACGACUCAGAUCUGAAUACGGUGCAUCUGGGCGAUUCAGUCGUGUACGAUUCGCAUGGGAUGGAAACGAGAUCGACUACGAUUCAGAUGGGAAUACGGUGUAUGUGGAUGAUUGAUUCGGACAUGUCCGGCUCCGAGAGAAACGAUGGUAAUGCAGAAUGA